CACGCAGAAAAAAAAAUAACGAGUCGGUGAAGGCAGCAUUACGCCUUCCUGCGUGAGGCGUGUUUGGCCAAAGCAAGGACACACAAGACUGGAUGACACUUGUGUUCUUGGAGGUCCAGAAACAACCGCUGCUGUAGUCUGGAAGUGAAAGGAGCCAUCAAUUCAAAGGGGCUCAUCUGCGUGACUUUGCAGUGUCCUUGGUGAAGGCGAUGGCCAGCUACUGAGCAGGGUUGCCAUCGGCCCCUGUGGUGAAUGGCUGUGAGCAGAGGGAGCGUUGCCUUCUGGGUGGGUUUUGUCCGCAUCCACGGCAGAAGGCAGCCCAUCACGAAACAGAUCGGUGGUGUGAGUCAGCCAGCUGACUUACACUGGCUCUGUCCAUCGCGUCCUCUCAGUAGUGCAUCAUGGGCCCUGGCGCCCCCCAACAGCCUUCGAUAUCAGACCACCAAGCAGCCGGCUCUGUCUCAACCCUUUCAUCAUGCCAGCCAGCCUCACAGGGCCGCCAGCUACGAGGAUGACUGGGAGGAAUCGCUCAGCGUGUGUGUGCUGGUGCCACAGAGCGAGUCGGGUGCCAUGCACACCACUGUGGAGAUCCCAUGGUUGGCUCAGACUAAGCUAGCGGAGUUACUUACUCCAGGGACUCACAGGUCCUCGGAGUUGUCAUUCCUACUCACCACGGUGGACGGCAGCAGGGAGGAUGACAUCAGCGUGGUCAGUGGCUUCAGGAGAAGCGACCCGGACUGUUUUAGGAGCCUGUUUGAAACGGAGAGGUGCCCCGCGCCCUUCACGUACGGCUCUCGGUUUUAUUGUUUCCAUUGCCCGGGAACGGAACCGAUGGCACACAGCAGGCUGAACUCUAGGCAAGGUGUUGGACUUGAGAGCAGCAAGAUGGAGGAGUUGCAGCUGCCACAGCCUUCCUCUCUGUGUAGCGACACGGCACUAGCAGAAGGGCAGCAUCAUGAAGGAGACGGAGAAAGAGAGCAGAAACUGGCCAUGGUGUAUGAAAGACUGAAGAGAGAGCUGCCAAAUUUCCUCCACCAGACGCAUGAUUACACCAUGUACUCCAAUGAUAUGGAAUUCAUCAACGGUCUUCUCAACACUAAGACCAGAGGGCGCUUGGUGUACCAGCUCAACGUGUCCUUGUGGCGCCUCCUGUGUCUGCUGUACUUUGUGGACGUGCGGCUGGAGGUGCUCAAGCUGACCAAGCACAUGGAGGACGGGACCAUUAAGGCUCGCUGGAGGCUGAGGGGCCUUCCCUUGCACUCGCUGAUCCUACGCAUCUAUCGCAAAGAUAAAUCACACUUGUACAGGUUCUAUGAUGCGUUCUCUACGUUCUACGUGGGACACGACGGACUCAUUCACCGUCAUAAAGUUGAAAAGGUGAUGCCGGCGCAGCCUCCGCUCCUUCCCAGAGUCACGUCCCUGCUCGCCAGCGCUUUAGUCGCUCUGGAGAUGGAGGAGAACCAACCUGCUCUCAACCUGCUGCCCCUCCUCCUGUCCUCACUGAGACAGGUCCGAGAUUAAGCGCACCUGGGAGGUCCACCAGCCAACGUCAACGUUUGCAAACAGGAUAUCUCAUAGUGUUGAAAUGUUCGCUUUACACGCUUCCCGUUUCAAUUCGUGAUAACACUCACUUAGCAAAAGGCAAGAGAAAGCAGCGUUUGCAAGUGAACAAAAGCACACAUGGUCUUCAUCUCCUCACUCCAUUUCCCCGAUGAUGCUCCUCAAAGUUCCUGUGUUCCAUUGUGGACGUGUGACGCUGCUGCUCGUGGAGCUCAGCAUACAACGUUCGUGUUUCACGUGUCUCCUGACUGUAACGAGUGCAGUAAAUGAAGAAAACACACAAACCCUCCGAUGACUGACACGUCACUUGGCUUCAUACAGCAUUUCAACCCUGCUUUGCUUGUGUGUUUAGCUUUUGCUGCUCAAAGGUGUCGGCUUCAUUUUUUAAAUUCAAGCAUCCGCUUCCAUUUCCAGUAGGUCCCCGCCUUCAAGCCAAAGUUGAAAAUUGAUCACUGAUGUGCCCGAUGUGGCCACUGAUGUGGUGUCGACGUUAUCCUCUGAUUUUGGAUCAACUUUUGCAAUAGAUUAGAAAUGUUAAAUACAAUUUUUUAAAUAUAUAUACUGUUACAUAUAAAUCUAAAUACUAAUAUAUUUAAUUUAAAGUGUGAAGUCUAAAAUUAACAUUUAUAUUGAACUCAAUUUAACAUUUAAACUCAACAUAUUUACAUCUACAGUAGAAUGACUUAUUUAAUUUAUACAAUCAAAAUUGAACAUUUAGCAUUGAGAUUUUUUACAUGCAGGCUUAACAUUUACAUUUAUGUUAUCAUUUAUAAUUAAUACAUGAAACAUUUCUAUUUAACAUUUAGCAUGAGCGUUUUGAUUUAUACUGCGAUUGACUAGCAACCAGUCCAGGAGGUACCGCCCCUCUCGCCCAAAGUCAGCUGGGAUAGGCUCCAGCAUACCCCCGUGAUCCCGGUGAGGACAAGCGGCAUAGAAAAUGAAUGAAUGGAUUUAUAUUUAUAUUUAACACAUUCAGGCUUCACAUAUUUAUUUACAUUCAUAAUUCAUAUGUAUUGUUAAAAAGUGCCUCUUUCCCGUUUUUUUUUCUUUUGCAUGUUUUUCACACUUAAAAUGUUUCAAUCAUUCAGAAAAUGUAGAUAUUAGUCAACAACACAACUGAACACAAAACGCAGUUUUUAAAAGAAACUUUAAUCCAAAAUCCAAACCUACAUGUCCCUGUGUGAAAAAGUGAUUGAUAAAACAUAACUGAGAUUCACUGAGAUCCAUCAGUGUGGAAAAGGUUCUAAAGCCAUUUCUAACGCUUUGGCAAAUGGUGAAAACAUGGAACGGUGGUGAACCUUCCUAAUAGUGGCCGGCCAACCAAAAUUACCCCCAGAGCACAGUGACGACUCAUCCAAGAGGUCACGAAGGACCCCACAACAUCCAAAGAACCGCAGGCCUCACUUGCCUCAGUUAAGGUCAGUGUUCAUGACUCCACCAUAAGAAAGACACUGGACAAAACCAGCCUGCAUGGCAGAGUUCAAGACCAAAACCACUGCUGAACAAAAAAAACAUUAAGGCUCAUCUCAAUUUUGCCGGAAAACAUCUUGAUGAUCCCCAAGACCUUUGGGAAAAUACUCUGUGGUCUGACGAGACAAAAGUUUAACUUUUUGGAAGGUGUGUCCCAUUACAUCUGACACACUAACACACUUUGGCACUCACAGGAGUAAGUACACAAGUGCACCAAUUGAGACACAGCUUUUGCUCCAGGUCGCCCCCUGGAGUUGUGAAGUGUAAUUAUUCCUACAUUCCAAACAAAUACAUGCUAGCUAAGGACAUAGAUGACGUUCAUUCCUACAUCCUAAACUCUCAACGGAUAUCCUUAUUACUUUACUUUACAGUAUUUACUGUACACCUUAUUCCCUCAGCUAAUGAAAUAAACUGUCAUAUCUGAAGAACACGCUACCAUAAAGCUAAAAUGAGGGAUUUCAUGCUAUACUUUUACAUGUCCUCACCACUUCAGAAAUCCUAGGUUCCCAAAGUGGGGGUGCACCAAUCGUAAUAGGGCAACAUGUGGUGUUUUGGUGUUACUUCUUGAAUCCAAUAGUGUUUCUCAUUCUCUCUUCUUUGACCCCAUGGUGGUUAUGUAGCGCUCCAUAAAAAACACACGGCUAGUGAGUCAGCAACGUGUGGGGUGUUUUGUUCCGGCACUUCCAUUUCGCGGAACGGUACAGUACAGGACAAACUGACUUGUUGGGCAAAAACCGAGGCAAAAUUUGAGUGGAAAAUUUGCAACAAAAACUGAAUCAUGGGAAAAGGAGGGUGUACAUAAACCAAGGUUUGAUGGUCCAGUGUUUGGAAAUUAGCAGAAUACUCACUGAGUCAGUGAGAGUUACUCAUAAAGACAGCAAAUGAAUGUUUUUGCACUUGACCGUCCAUGAAUGGUGUGAAAGAAGCAGCACUGAACGCACCUUUUGGACUUGGAUUUAGCUCCCAGGAUUCCAGGCUCGACGCGUUGGGCUGGUCUGGAUCUUCUUGCUCGUGCACUUUGAUGUCAAGAAGUUGCGUGUCACACUCGUCCAACUGAAAGAAGCAGCAAUCAAUGUCCUGGAAGGCAACACGCCCUCCAUUCCCACCCA